UUGUCUCCCCCUUCAUAAAAAGUCUGGUGAAAAGGAAAAGGACAAAACUUUAAAAGGAAUCCUCAAUUCGAGAAGCUACGAAGGUUUUUCUUUUUCCUCCACUUUGAUUCAGUUCUUGUUCAUCUUUCUUCUCCAAGGUGUUCUGCUUUGUUGGUAAUAGUUCGUGGGAAUUGGUCUGAAGCUAUGCAGUUAUAUCAUCAUCCUUACUCAUUAGACAGUCAAAGAGUGAGAUUAGCUCUGGAAGAGAAAGGCAUUGAUUACACAUCAUACCAUGUGAAUCCCAUUACAGGCAAGCACAUGGACUCUUCCUUCUUUAGGAUGAAUCCUAACGCUAAACUUCCCGUUUUCAAGAAUGGUUCUCACAUCAUUUUGGACACUAUCGAGAUCAUAGAGUACUUAGAGAGAAUAGCUGAGGUUUCCUCUGGUAUAGAAGAUGCUACUUUUGGUAGAGAAGUUCUUGAAUGGAUGCGGAAGAUUAGGGAAUGGGACUCCAAGCUUUUCACUCUUGCUCACAUACCGGAUAAACGUCGACUCUAUGUUUCCAAGUUCUUGAGGAUGGUUGUGAUUGCACGGAUGGCUGAGUCUCCAGACUUGGCUAGUGCUUACCAUCGGAAGCUAAGGGAAGCUUACGAUACAGAGGACAAACUAAAGGACCCUGGGGCCUUAACGAGAAGCAAAGACCAUUUGCUUAGGCUUCUAGAUGAGGUUGAAACAAAGCUAGGAGUGACGACGUAUGUGGCAGGGAAUGAGUUUAGCAUGGCUGAUGUGAUGCUAGUACCAGUGCUUGCUCGGUUAUCACUGUUGGAUUUGGAAGAGGAGUAUAUCAGUAGCAGGAAAAAUCUUGCUGGUUAUUGGGUGGUUGUGAAAAGUAGAUCAAGCUACAAGAAGGUAAUUGGAAGGUACUUCAAUGGCUGGAGAAAAUAUGCAACACUUGUAAAAACUUGGAUGUUUGUUAGAGUCAGAAGUUUGCUCAGGAAAUAUUGAAUUGUCCAAAGAUUUGGUUUGUUCUUUUCUUUUCACCUUCUAUGUUCAUUUUACGGAACAUUGUUUGUAAAGCGUUGAGAAAAAUAUUAGCGACGCAGAUAUUUCAGGGUAUACAUAUCUUUGCAGAAGAGAAUAAAAGAAUGUGAUUG